GACAGCUGGAGCGUCUUUCAUACCACGUUGGCAUAGUUUUUUUUAAUGUUGUAAAUUGUCAAGUUAUUGAAAUUCAGCACUGCAUCGAAAAUAGAGGAUUUUGUUACAGUACAGUGUAUCUUAGUUUGUUAACUUGAGCCCUGUGUUGUGAAGAGACAUGCAGGCUCUGUUUGGACUGUUGGUGAUGUUAGCAGCAGUGUCUCGUGGCAUGGAGACCCCCUGUGAUGCUACACUGGAUGGAGCUCAGUGUUAUGGAGCUCUGGGAGGAACUGUCUUUCUCCAGCUGAUAAACGUUGCCAGUGGAGUCCCUGACAUAUUAUUAAAAACCGAAUCCAAUGAUGCUGCUAAAAUGAUGCUCAAAGUUAGAAACAAACCCUCAGAAAUAGUGAAAUUCCACAAAUCCAUUGAAACCAGAGCACACUUCUUUAUCAACAACGGGACAUUUAGGAUAGAUAACACAGAAAGGAAUGAUUCUGCUGAAUAUAGACUAGACACAUUUAAUUCAGAUGGGAAAACAUUAGGGACCAGAAUACUACAACUGUUUAUUGAAGCCCCAGUGUCAUCUCCUCAGCUGUCCUCUCAGUGUCUGACCCAUGGAGAGAUGAGGGUGUCCUGCUCCUCUGAGGGGGACAGUCCUCAGUACAGCUGGACUCUGGACGGACACACACAUCGAGACACUGACGCCUCCCCUGGUGACAAGACGAACACCAUAACACUGAAGAGAGGCCAGUCUGGAGAUCUCACCUGCACCGUCAAAAACAACAUCAACAGUGUUACUGUGAGCAAAAUAAUCUCCCCCUGUGAGGGGAUUAUGUAUGUUAACUGCACUUCCAACGGGACAAAGAUAUCAGAGUGGGUGAUUGCCACUGGUAAUACCCUGUGUAUUGAGCUUACAACAGUGGCACACACAACUGUGACAAAUGCCUUCACCAGUAAAACAGAUAAAACAGAGGCAACCAAAGAGAUCAUAGGGACGGUAGCAGGGUCUCUGGCAGGCAUAGUCCUUGUCCUAGUGAUGGUGUUGGUCAUUUACUGUGUCCAGAAGAAAAAGAAACCUCCAAAGACUUCAGUUAAUGUUGACAGUCAGGAUGUGGAAUACGCGAAUAUCAGGAUACUGAAGAAGCAGAUGAGACAGCAGGAAAGAAAGGUGGAGUACAGACAGGUGAAAAUCACUGGGGCUCCCCAUCAGCCAAUGGAGGUGGAGUAUGGACAGAAUAAAACAUUACAGGGUCCCCGGCGGAAGGUAGACACACCUGAGGAGGAGGACUGUGUGUACGCCAGGGUACACACACGCAAAGGCCAUUGAGCAAGGUACUGUCUAGAUUCACUAUGACAGAAGGAGGCUGAUUUGGAGGAAAGUACUACGCAGUUUCCAUCUUCAUAUGGACAUAUCAUCCCUAACAGGUAUUGCGUAUCUUACAGAUUUCGUCCCAUUGUCACUAGAUUCAGGUUUUCAAACGUGGUAAUUACUUAAUUUGCAAUAUGUACACCAAGUCUUAAAGAACAACCAAGUUAAAUCAUUUGACGAACUAAGUUCAGACUUCCAUUUGCCAAAGUCAGAUUUAUUUAGCUAUUUACAGCUAAGAGACUAUUUACUGAAACACCCCAAAUGGGUAAUAACAAAGGGUGAGCCCUCUCCCAUAGAAAAACUCUGAAUCAAUAAUCAGAAAAUGGCAACUAGUAGUAAACAAAUAAAGCUGUACCAAUGUGUUGAUAUCAUGGCACAGCGCAAUACUCUGCAAACUAAGUGCAAGUGGGAAUCUGAACUUGGGGAGAACAUUGAAAAUUAAACUUAGGAGGCAAUACCAUUUUGGGUACUUUCUAACACCAGAAACAAUGGUGAAGAUAAGUAAAGAAAGAACCAGUUAAUACUGAAGAAAAUGUGGGGAAUUGUUCACAAACUAUCCACUUGUUUUGGGGUCUUGUUCUAGAAUGAUGAACUUCUGGAAUUAUGUUUUUGACUUUGUAAACAAUAUAUUUAAAUGCUCCCUGGCAAAGGAGCCAACGAGUGCUUCACUCAAAAUGCUUAUCUAUUGAUUAUACUCUUGUCUGCAGCAAAUAAAUGUAUUACAGUACAUUGGUUAAAUAAGGACAUUCAUACUAUGAAAAAGUGGAAUUGUAGAGUGAAAUAAAUGUAUUUAAUGGUGAUUAAAAUUACUAACAGAUAUAUGUGAAAAAAGAUGUGAACCGCUCCUUGUAAAUAACAUUGUGUAGACUUAAGACUCAUUAGUCUUGAAGCAAACAAACAUGUGAUUGUGAUUACUAAUUUUUGCUUUUCUUUUUUCAAAUUGUAUUUCCUUUCGGUGCUCACCGUGCCUUCAGAACGUUUUCACACCCCUCGACUUUUUCCACAUUGUGUUGUUACAGCCUGAAUUUAAAAUGGAUUAAAAUGAGAUUUUGUGUCACUGGUUUACACACAAUAAUGUCAA